AUGGCGGGACGUAAGAGAAAUGGUGUGCGAUCUCCUCAAAUGGAAAAGGACGAGGAUUAUGAAGAGAAGAGAAGGCGAAACAACGAAGCCGUAAAUCGAACUCGAGAAAAGAAGCGACAGGAGGAGACGGAGACUGCGAAAAAGGUUGAGGAACUCAGAGCUGAAAACGAAAAGCUCGAAAGACAGGUAGAAUCUCUUCAAAAAGAAUUGUCAUUUCUGAAAGAAAUGUUCGUCGCCUACGCUAAUGGAAGCAAAAAAGCUGGCGAUGCACCUUCUUCAUCAUCAAGUUCGUCGUAA